UCAGCGCUGAAGUUUACUACUCCGUUGCUCGGCAAAUCCAUCGUUUUGGUCAUUCGUAGGGUCUAUGGUACGCUAAUAGAAAUACCUGUUAUAGAAAAACUUUUAGACCUCGGUGCGGCUAUUUGAUUAUUAUUGCUGUAAAACUAAACUUAAAAAUAAAUUACAGUAUAGGCAUUUGAGUUUCUCAAAUUUGUUGGUGAGAUUUCAGCAAUUUUCUCAUCGCUUUUACAUUCGGGAAACAUAUAUAAAGAGAAGCAAAUUAUUUCAGUAAAGAACAAUUGUUAUUAUGAUUUUGUAACGAUACUAAUCGAUAUUUUAUAAGUGUGAUCUGUGACAUCUUCAUUUGGCAAGAAGAAACGGGAUGCUGCCGAGAAAAUAGACAAAUCAGACAACAACAAGAUUCAUUAUUGAUAAACGUGAUCUUGGCUGACAGUAAAACAAGCAGAUUGCGGAAAAACAACGCCGCCAUUCGUUCACUUCAGAUGAUAGAAGCGUGAUAUUUGAAUGAUGUCGGAAAAGCAUGGAAAUGAUGGCAACGAUUCCGGGAUUGGCUAUUCUCCUCCAAACAUCAAAUUCGAAAGUGAACGGAAUGAAAAGACUCUUCCAUGUUGUUUUCAACAAUUGCCUACGACUGAAUCAACAAAUCUGAAUUAUUCCGAAUUAAUCAGAACUGAAACGGAAGCUUUUCAGAAGCGCGGAGACAUCGAUCAUGUGUUUACGGAUUCUGUGAAAUGUGAAUUGUGUGACUUCAAACCUACAAGAUUAUUUCAGUAUUAUCAUCAUAUAAUUGUGCAUUGCAAAAGAACGAGCGAUUCAGAAUCCGAAAUCGAUCCAGCGCAGGCGCUGAACACCGAAUCUUUGCACAACGGAGAUUAUUCCCCCGAAGAAAUCCAAAGCAAGAAAAAGAAGCGACGUAAAAACGUGAAGCCUAAGAAAUGCAAACAUCGUGACUGCGACUUCGUAACUACCGCAGGAUCCGAUGUGACAGAAGCGAAAAAGGAGCUUUGGAUGCACAUGAGGAAGAAUCACAAGUACCCUCUCGUCUGUCGUCUUUGUCCAUUCGUUACCGAGCCCAAGCAUCAUAUGGUUUACCAUUGGCUUGGUGAUCACACUAAACUCAGGCCGUUCAAAUGCGAAGAACCUAACUGUACGUAUAGUUGCGUGGCCAAGUCAAUGUUGAACAGUCACCUGGUACGCCAUUGGAACGUUCAUCAGUACAAUUGCAAGGAUUGUCAUUUUAAAGCCAGAUUACUUCACGCGAUGAAGAAACAUAUGAAAGAGAAAAAUCAUACUAAAGUGCUGGUACUAAACGAGGAUGGCACACAGAAUGUAACGGCCGUUAUCGAUGUAUAUAGCAAAAAACGUGGACCCAGACGGAGUACUCUUGCUAAAAAUCAGGAUAAAUCGGAUCAUAGCGAUCUCAACCAGUCGAGCUCAUCAACUUCUCCAGAACCACCUCAAACUCCAAUCUCUCAUUCUGAAGAUCAACAACUACAAUCAAUUGAAUCAGAUAGUAACUUCAAUAGUAAUAACAAUCAAUCGAAUUUAUCAAUGUAUCCACCGAUAAUUCAUACGCUACGUUAUUUAAAUAAUCUUAUAACGGACAGUAUUCUCGAUUGUGGCACCGGCAAUCAAAAUUCGAUUCUUUUGAACAAUCUGAUCUGCAUGUUUAAUCAUUUGUUCGGCGAAAACAUAGCAUCCUAUUUGAACAUAGAAACGUUCGACCCGCAGAGUCGUUUGGACUCUUUAUUUAUUAUGCAAAGGACAAUCAACUUGCACAUCGAACAUUUAAGUAAAAUUAACGGUAACAAUUUUGAAACAAUUAAUAUCGAAGCCGGUCCUAGCAACGAUAGAAACGAUGCUAAUCAUACAGACAGACUCUCGACAUUCAAUGGAUUAGAAUAUCAGCCAGAAACACAGAAUAUCCCUAUAAUAGGCCGUGCUAGUUUCAAAACAGUUGACAGCGAAGCUGGACCUUUUGACUACAGAAAAUAUACUAAUCAAGCCUCGACAUCCAAUAAACGGAAGGCUGAACCGGAAGAGCUGGAUGAUGCUGACAAUAAUUAUUUCAGCUCAAAUAACAGCAAUGAAACUAGUUCUUUCAAUAAAGUUUUUAACAAAACCUCAAUAUCCAAAGAACUAGAGUCCGAGCCACAGAUACAGAGAGAUAAGAUUCCAAAUAAACCAUUGAGUAUCAGUAAAUUCAAGAUAACCGGCGCUACUAGACGUAAAAGUAAAGUGCAGACACGUUUCACGAUAGAAGAGAACCCAGAACAGAAUAAAAUCGAAUCUUUUGAGUCUCUAAUGGACAGUCAAUACGGUUUGCAAAGGGAAAGUCAGAUUAAUGGCACAGUAAACAAAGUAAACAACUGUGAGUACUGCGACCUUACGUUUGGAAACAGGUUUAUGCAUAUUAUGCAUAUGCAUUUUCACAAGAAUAACGAUCCCUAUACGUGUAAUGCGUGCGGUGAAAAAUGCGCUGACAGCUUGGAUUUUAAUAAUCAUCUUAUUCGUGGAAAACAUUAAAAUACAAAUCUAAUAUAAAGAUACAACAGUCAACAUUAUUUAUUGGCAACAUUAUAAUAGGCAACAUUAUUAUUUAUAUGCUAUUACUACUUUUUCUUAUUACAUUGGGAAGAAAGGUAUUGAGAUGUAAAAACUGUUAUAACUAUUAUAACUAUUAUAACAGUUAGUUAGUAUUUUCGUAAUAGCACUAUAAAAAAUAAAUACUCUUUACAUAUAUAGACGCAAUUUAGCAUCACAAGCUAAGAGAAUAUGACGAAUAGAUAUUGAAACUAUUACUGUAACUCGUUAGCGCAGAUAUAUUUUCAAUGUUAAUUACAAUAUUUUUAUAAUAAUAAAUUACAAUAGAGUGCUUGCAUUCAUAUGGAAAAGUCAUAAAAAAAGUAAUGGUUUUGAUAUCUGAAAAAAGUAAUAAAAUGAAAAAAAAAGGGUUGAGCCCUCUUUAUUGUAAAUCUUUUUUUUUUGUUUUGCGGAUAAUAUAUAACUAUUUACUUUUUAAUUUAACUUUUUCAAUAUUACAUUACGAUAAGUUAAUUUAACAUUCCUCAUAAUUACAAGACUCUUGAUAUUAUAAUGAUAAAAUUAUCUUUUAUUUUUUCUGCUUUAUGCAAUAUGCAUAACUAUGCAUGUGAACUCGAUGCAGCACCUGAUAAUUUUUUCAAAAAAGUUUAUACAAAUUAUUAUUGAUAUAAGUGUUAUAAUAAUAUAUUAUUGAAUAAUAUUAGGAUAUUAUUCAAUAUUAAGGAAUAUUAUUAGGAAACAUUAUUCAUCUCUUCGCUCUUAUGCGUUGCAUUACUUUUUCAGAUUAUAAAGUAUCUAGACUUUUUCUUUCUUCAAAAUGCAUAAUUUAUUAUAUACUUUCAAAUGGAUACAAAAAUACACAUCGCAGAAAAUUUGGAUCUAACUUAUUCUAAUGUCAAACUACCUUUUUUAAAAAUAAAACUAAAUAGAUUCGGUUUUCAAGCUUUGUGAUAACACUUUCUUAUCUUAUCAAAUCAAUGCCAUUUUUAUUUUAAUGAUAUUGUGACAUGUAUAUAUGUAUAAUAUGUCGUAUUAAAAAAAGAAAUAUUUUACUCUUUACAAAAUGGUAAAAUAUCGAUUAUAGUAUGAAACAUCGACAAUUACAUACAUAAUACUAACUUUUUGUUAUAAUAAAAAAAAAAAUGUCACAAAAAAAUAUUGUCACAAGCAGUAUGCCGGAUUUGUUUGAUCAUGUUUUUGAAAAAGAAUAGCAUAAUUUCUAUUAUUAUAUAACAAUGUAACAUAAACUUUAUCGUGAGAAAUUUUCCUCUUAUAAUUUUAUUGUAAUUAUUCUAUUUUGUGGUAAACUUAUUCUAUGAAAUACAUAUAUAUAUAAUUAUGCAUUUUAUUUUCAAAUUUGUAUAAAUUUUUUUUAGAAAAAAAAUUGGAAAAUUAUC